AUGACAGAUUCAUUUUUUAAACCAUCUAAAGCUUAUAUACAAGUUGAAGGAAGACUUCAAGCAGCAAGUGGUGCAUCCUAUGCUGAUACAGAUGUAGUUACACUUACACACAAUGGAAUUAUGCAUUUAUUUGAUAGAAUGGCAUAUGAUUUAUCAGGACAGAAUAUAGAAACAGUAAAUAAUUUAGGACAAGCAACUACAAUGUUAGGAAUGCUCAAAUAUUCAAAUGACUUCCAAUUAGCAGAAGGAUUAAAUCAACUAUGGUACAAAGAUACUGUAACAGAUGCAAAUUUGACUACUAAUGUUGGAUUUACAGUAAGACAAGCAUACAUUAUAAAAAAACCUACUACAAAAGGUACAUUUUCGUUUUGUAUUCCUUUAAAUCAUAUUUUCGGAUUCUGUGAGGAUUAUACUAAAGUAAUUUACGGAUUUAAACAUACAUUAACUUUACAAAGAAAAAAUGACAAUGAUGCUAUUUUUCGAUCUGCUGCAGCAGCUAUAGGAAAAGUAAAUCUUACAAAAAUAUCAUUAUGGAUGCCUUAUGUCACACCAUCAGAUAAAGGAAGACAUACUCUUAAUACUGUUAUUAAAGAAAAAGUAACAAUUCCAGUAGCUUUUUAUUCUAGAUCGUGUGAAACUACAACUCCUCAACAAACAUCUAAAAUGACUUGGAAACUUGGUGUUAAAAGUGAUGAAAAACCUAGAUAUAUUAUCGUUGGAUUCCAAACAAAUAAAGAUAAUGAUCAAACACAAAAUGCUUCAAUAUUCGAUCAUUGUAACUUAACAAAUAUGCAAGUUGUGAUUAAUAAUACAAGAUAUCCUGAAGCUGAUUAUGAACUAUCAUUUUCAAAUCAACAAGUUUCAAGAGCUUAUACAGAUGUAUCUAACUUUAAAGAAAAUUUUUGUGGAAUAGAUAAAAUCAUUUCAAAUUGUAACAUAACACCUUCAGACUAUAGAGAUUUAUAUCCACUUAUGGUUUUCGAUUUAAGACAUCAAUCAGAAAGAUUAAAAGCUUCAUCAUCAGAUAUUCUGAUUAUAGCAAACUUUAGUGAAAAUAUUCCAGAUGGAACUGAAGCAUUUGCUGUUAUUGUGUCAGAAAGAUUAGGUAGACUUAAGUCUAAUGGAGAUAGAUUUAACUUUGAAUAUUAG